UGAUCCUCCUCUCCAUCCACCCCUCACAAGACACAGUGUUCAAAAACAAAAGAACCUCAUAUAAGCACCAGCUGCAGCACUGCAGUUGCAGUGCAGCCUGAAGGACACCACCACUGGGAGUGAGAGAGAAGAGGAAGAAGAAGAUGGAUGAGGGUGCCACAGCAUUUAUCAUCCACAUGCACGCAUUCAUUGCCGCCCCGAUUUAACACCACCCCCUCCCCGUAAUUGUAAUGGCGUCGCCCGGUACUAGAAGCGCAGCGGUGACGCGGUAGAUAGGACAAGAAGGUGAAGGCGAGAGAGAUUUCGAAGGCGUCAUGGAGAUGGAGAUGAGCAGAAGCUGGCAAGAGCUCGGCGUCGUGGACACCAUCUACGAGGACGACCACGAGGAGGAAGAGGAAGAGGAGGAGGAGGAGGAAGAAGAAGAAGAAGAGGAGUGCUUCGAUUCGCCCACCAUGUCGUCUUCUCCGGCGGCCACGUCGCGGUCGUGCUCGCCGCCUCCGGCGGCGGAGGAGUUCGCCAUGCCGGCGGCGCUCAGGAACGCGGUGCGCGAGUGGUCGCGGGCGAAUGGGCCGUGCAAGCCGGAUGUGAUCGUCCGUGUCCAAGAACAUUGCUUCGCUCUGCACAGGGAUCCGAUCACGUCGCAGAGCAGCUACCUGAAGCGGCGGCUGUCGGAGUGCAGCGACGUCGCCGUGGACCUGCCGGCGGGGCUCACCGUCGACGCGUUCGUGGACGCGGUGGCGUCGUGCUACGGCGCCGAGGCGGCGCUGUCGCCGGGGAGCCUCGCGGCGGCGUGGGCGGCGGCGGACUGGCUGGAGCUGCGCGGCGAGGACGGGCUGGCCCGGCGCGCCGAGGACUACUUCUUCCAGGAGGUGGCCACGGACCACGGCCGCGCCGCCGCGGUGCUGCGCGCGUGCACGGCGUUCCUCGGCGGCGAGGCGGCCGGCGCCGGCGCCGCGCUGCUCGUCCGGUGCCUCGAGACGCUCGCGUCGUCCGGCGGCGCCGACGGCAGGUGGCUCGACGACGUGGCCGCGCUCCCCGUGGAGGAGUUCGAGGUCGCCGUCGAGGCCAUGCGCGCGCGCUUCGCCCACGACCACGACCUCAUGUACACCAUCGUUGAUCACUACCUGCAGAAUCACAGGGGGAAGCUGACGGAGGAGGAGAAGAGCAGGGUGUGCUACAACGUGAACUGCACCAAGCUGUCGCACCACCUGUUCAUGCACCUCGUCCAGAACCCGCGCCUCCCGCUCCGCUUCGUCGUGCAGGCCAUGCUCGUCGAGCAGCUCCACUCCCACCACUCCAUGCUGCUCAGCGGCGGUCACCAUCACCACGCCGGCGCCGCCGGCGCACCGAGCUCCGCCGCGCCGCCUGCUUCGCUCCUCAAGAGCUCCCUCUCCGGCGCAUUCGGUGCUUGUGGCGGCUUCGCCGCCACCGCCGCCGCCGCGGGCGACGCCGCCAGCAGCAUGACGCUCGGCGACAUCCUCCAGCGCGACGCCGUGCUGCGCCAGUCGGCGCACAUCAGGGCGUCCAUGCAGGCCACCACCCAGCGGAUCGACAGCCUCGAGCGCGAGCUCGCCGGGCUCCGCACGCGCCUGCGCCGCUCCGAGCAGGCGGCGGCCGCCGCGGCCACGGCCUCGGCCGCCAUAGACCGCGCGUCCGCCAAGUCCGCCAGCUUCCGGAUCCCGCGAAGCCGGCUCUGGGACGGCGAGGACCUCGCCGCGCCGGCCGCCGCCGUCAUCACCAAGGACACCACGAACACCAGGGGCCUCAAGUCUCGGCUGGUGCUCGGGUUCAAGAACCUGUUCGGCCGGAGACCAGUCACCGCCGCCGCCGCCGCGCCGCCCACGUCCGGCGAACGCGCCGCUGCGCGCGUGAGCGUGAACGACAAAGCCAUGUCCACCGAUGCGCCGGAGCUCGACGCCGACGCCGACGCCGACGAGCUGACGCGGCCUCACCGGAGGAAUCUGUCCAUCGUGUGAUCCGAGCAAUUGCGUGCGUGUGCAUGGCGACUGCAAUGCACGCAUGCAUGAUCCGUGUGGUAUAUACAUCUAUCAGGAGAAGUGAUCUGAUCAUGUUGCCACUAUCUUUGCACGGCCAUAUGAUAUAUUUUCGAUGCUAAUUUGUUCGUUUUCUUGCUUUUUUUAAUGGCAAAAAUUUGUUUUGGUCCGUUUGUACAACUCAAGAGCCAGCCUUGAUCAACGAAUGCUUAUUAGAGAGGUUACUGCAUGCAGAGUUGCAGGCUCAACAGUUUUUUGUUUGGUUUAAUGCUAACAUGAAUGAACCGGACACUUCUGAGUUC